AUGUCGACCAUCACCCGUACCGUGUCGAACCUCCGCAAGGUCGGCAUCAAGGACUACUUCCGACAGAUGCUCUACAUCGGCGACACCAAGGCCGGCCGCCUCGUCGGUACCGACCGCGCCGGCAACAAGUUCUACGAGGACAUGGACGAGCUUCCCCUUCGUACCCGCUGGGUCGACUACAAGAAGCACGACUACGACGCCGCCACCAUUGAGCCCGGCUGGCACGCCUGGAUGUCCUACAUGAUCGACAAGCCGCCCGCCGAGGACCCCCUCAUCCGCGCUGGUCUACGCAAGUUCGAGAAGCCGCACCCGAUUCCCAACUACACUGCCACGCGCGGCGCCUUUGUGACGUACAACACGACGAAGCCUAAAGUGAGGACGUGGGAGCCCAAGGCCAUUGCAAGGCAGUGA